AUGGAGCACCCUACAUCAAGUAUUGUGGAUGACCCUCCUCCACGCUCUCCUCCCUCGUCCACGCCCUCAGUCGUCGUCGCGCCUCCCGAGGAGGAGGCAGUCAUUAAAACCAGGCCGCGCGCCUCUGUGUGCUCCGUGGCGUGCUGGCUGUUUGAGCCGCACGAGUGGAAACCAGCCAUCUGUCGCAACUGCUUCAGCUCCCUAGCCGCCCACAAACUCGACGUCAAGUCCGCCGCGCGCGACCACCCGUCCGCCCUGCUCAAGCCCGGCUCGCGGCUCUCCCGGCGGAUUCGCGUGCCCCACUACGAGACCUUCGAGUUCAAGCUGCGCGAAAACCAGCAGCAGGAGCCGCAGCUGCUCCCUCCCCUCUUCAAGUCGCCGCGCUCUCCCCGCAGCGUGCCCGUCGUGGCGGAUGUCAAGCUCGAGAGCGAGGGCGUGCCCGCCGCCGCUGCAGCUUCUUCGCCCAGCCUCCCCGUGCCUGUGCCCGAGACCAGCAGCCGCACCACCAUCACCGACGAGGCAGGUGAAGCGAAAGGUGACGGCCAGAGCGAGAUGCGAUCUGGGAAAGAAGAACCGCAACAGGGCGAGGGUAAGGUGGAAGCCGAUAGCGAAGCCGGGAAGCAAGAGCAAGCUGAAGGCGAUGGUGGGAUGGAGGGCGAGAGCGCAGAGAAGAAGAACGAGGUGGAUGGCGUCGAGGCUCUACGACCAGAAGAGAAGGCCGUCGGUCCCGAUGUGGGCGAGGAGAAGGGAGAGGUCGCCCCAGUGGCCGCUGAGCGAAGUGCUGCGGCACAGGCAGAAGGCGACGAUGCGCCUCGGAGGCUGCGGGAGGCCCUGGCGGUGAUCGACAAGCUGCGCGCCAAGAUCGCGCGCAAGAAUGCGCGGCUGGAGGAGGCCGAAGAAGAGGCUGAGGAGGUGGGUAGCACGCUCAAGAGCAGGAUGUACGACCUACUCAAGGAGGCAGCCCAGACCGAGAAGACACAGAAGCAGCUGAUGGACGAGCAGGCCCAGGCCCGGCAGCGCGAGAAGGAGGCACUUGAAAAGCUGAUCGAGGAGCAGGCCCAGGCCCUGCAGCGCGAAAAGGAAGCGCAGGAGCAGCUGCGGGAGGAGCAGGCCCAGGCCUGGCAAAGCGAGAAGCAAGCACUGGACAAGCUGAUCGAGGAGCAGGCCCAGGCCUGGCAGCGCGAGAAGGAAGCACUGGAGGAGCUGAUGGAGGAGCGAGCCCAGGCGUCGGCGCGCGAGGUAGAGACGCAGAAGCGGCUGAUGGAGGAGCAGGCCCAGGCCUGGCGGCACGAAAAGGCGUUCUGGAUGCAGGAGACCUCCACCGUCAAGCGAGCCUUCACCCUGUUCAGGCGCCAGUCCAUGGUCGCACCGUUCAAGUCACUACAUCUGGCGCCGCCCGCGCUGCCCCAAGAGGAAGCCAAGCCGGUGACCUACGACGACCAGGCCGUGCGGGCUUGUCAGAGCAUCGUGCGCAGCUGGCUGGCCCGACGGCGGGGCACCCGACUCAUCACCCUCGUGCGCGCCUACUCGGUGUCCCCCCACGCCAAGACGCAGAGGCGACGCUUCGCCACCAUCCGCGAGUUCAUCCAAUCCGAGCGAAACUACACCGAAAUGCUCCAACAUGCCAUCGAGCACUAUAUGUUGUCGCUGCGCGAUAAGGCGGAAUUCGAGGCGAGCACGUUCUCCUGCGAGGACGUGGAGAGUCUGUUCAACAACAUGGAGAUGCUGGCCAUCAUCUCCCAGCAGUUCUUGCAAGCGCUCGAGCAGCGUUUUGCCAGCACCGACAAAUUCACCUGCUAUGGCGACAUCAUCCUCAAGUUUCAAACGGUGUUGCCGCUGUACUCAGUCUAUUACCGCAAAUACGAGGAAACCAACGAGCAGCUGCUGCGCCUCAGCGAGAACGAGGAGUUCAGCCAAUAUGUCGAUGAAUUGCAAAAGAAUUCGUCGUACAAUCCCAUGCUGGACCUCAAGGUCUACCUGUACCGGCCGUGCCAGCGCAUACCCCAAUACAGCAUGCUGCUCAAGCAGCUGCUCUCCUACACACCCGGCGAGCAUGUGGACUACACCAACAUCAUGACGGCGGCCGAAAGGAUCCAGACGAUUCUCUCGCUGCUCAACAGGCGCACCGAAGUCGAACACUCCAAGAGGAAGAUGCAAGAGCUGCAGAACAAAGUCACCGGCUACGACAAGAAUCUGGCGGACGAUCGGGCGCGGCGGUUCGUCGAGGAGGACGCUGCUCCUCGGUACCCGGGCAACACGAUGAAGCUCGCCGACAACAGCACCAAGGGCCCCUCGCUGUCGGCUGAGGUGAAGACCGUGCCCACGUCACAGCAGGCCGGGAGCUUGAAGGUGAGGCCGAUCCGCGUCUUUGUCUUGUCGGACAUGCUCUUGUUCGCCAAGUCGCUGGGCAACGGCACCUACCGCUACAAGUUCAGCAUUCCGCUUGGCGGGGCGGUGGUGACGGAGAUGCAGGGCUUCGACAACACGCUCCUGAUCAAGGCCAAGGGGGGCGCCGACCGCUUCUUCCUCUUCAAGGACGCCGCCGAGCGACGCAAGUGGACCGCCACGCUGUGGCCCAUGAUCCUCGUGCUCAGCGCCGACGGCCGGGUCAAGCCCGACAUGCGGCGAAAGAUGAACCGCGGGCAUCACAUGCGCCUGACACACAUCGGGAUGACCAACCUGAUGAAGGUGUCGCUAGGCCAGGAGCCCGGCGAGACGCCCGAGCUCGACCACUCGCUGGGCCGCGGCGACGAAGAGACCUCCUCGCCCGCCUCCCCCACCACCACCUCCCGGCCGCCGCUGCCGGUCGUGGUAUUGGGAGGGAUUACCACCUCUGCCGAGCUCCCGGCCGAGGAGGUGGUCGAGCCCCGGGUGCUGCUGAGCUCGCAGACGAAGCUGCUCUCCCCGCGCUCUCCACGCCUAGCGGCAGUGCCCACCGGCGCCGCGGCACCAUCCGAUCCUGACGUCGGCAAAGAAGACAGCAGCAGCAACAACAACGAAGUCGACGAAGAGAACGAAGACGGCGGCGGUAGUAGCUCGGCGAGGCGCGGAAGCAGUGCUGGUGGGGAGGGGAGGGACGGCAGGAGAGAGAGGCGUCAGUCCACCGUGCGGCGGAGGGACGAGGAGGAGCAGCAGCAGCAGCGCGAGCCGUCGCAGAGGAAGCGCAGCCGACGCGACAAGCAGCUGCCGCCACUCAUAAGGGGCAGCGACCGCGAACGUGAUAACAAGCCCAGCAGCCCGGCGAGGCCGCCCACCACUCGGCCACCGCACCCGAGCGCGGCGUGGCUCGAGGCCGACCACGACGGCGACCGGAGCCGUCAGCGCCGAGCGGAGGAGUCGUCGUCAUCGGCGUCGCGGCGGCUCAGCACCAGCAGCAUCCGGUCCGACGCCUCACGCGCCUCGCGGCCCGCCAAGACCACGCCGUCGAGCAAGUCCGCCUACCACUCACUCACCGGCAAGACCCAUCACGGCAGCAAGGAGCGAGAGAAGAGGCCGACCGCCUCGAGCCGCUCGCAGAUCGUGAGGGGCAGCGGCCGCCCGGCCGGACCCUGCAGGUCUGGUGAGGCUCGAGACGGUAGCGGCGGCGGCGGCGGCGGCGGCGGUGGCGGCGAUGGUGAGAACGGCUCGCGCAGCUCGGAGGUCAGGGCAACGGAGACCUUGGUGCGCAAGCGAACGCGCAGCAACAGCUUCGACGAGGCGACGAUCAAGCGCUUCGUCGGGGCCGCGAAGUUGGAGAAUAAGAGCAGCGGUACUCCCGCCGGCAGCGCCCUCACCAAGACGACCGUCACCAGCAGCCCUCGGCGUCGGCCCCUCAGGCGCAGCACCAGCGCCAACAAUCCCACCCCUUCCGACGCCGCCUCGCCUCGCACCGACGACGACGAUGAGGAUCUCUCGAGGAGGAGGGCGGAACGGAAGAGCUCUACGGCCACGGACAGGCGCGGCUCCAAGGCAGGCCUGCGCGUCUGA